GAAUGAUUCUACGCUCUAAAGUAUGUCUACAUACAUCCAUAUGUAGUCUUUAAUUAAAUCUCUAAAAAAACUUAUAUGUAGGAACGGAGGGACUAUAUGUCAGUUAUGAUGAUAAGGAGGAAACCACAGUUAGUCUUAGUUAGCAUAUAAAAUUUGGUUUUCAAUCAGAAAGUUGUUGCCAAAGAAAUAGUUUUUACUUACGUCUGAGUCUGAAUCCAAUUAUUUCGUUGCAAUAUUACCAAAAGUGCUAAUAUUCCAAUAUGCCACAUUUAUGCUUAGUGUUGUCCACUAUAUAUUCAGGAAAACAAAAGAGUUGUGCAUGUAUUACUUGGUAGUGGUUUACUCUGCUUCUCGAGGUUGCAAAAUGGCCAAGAUAUUUUUUAUGCACCGAUAACCCUUGUAUGGCGGAUAUAUUGUUCAUCUAGUUUGAAGAGAGAAUUCAUGCUCUGUUAGUUAAAGCUUCUUAUCACGGUGGUUUCACAUGUUUGUUAGCAUGGUGGAAGGUGAUAGGGUGUGUUUCAUGGUUUCACAUUUCAAAAGAACCACCCUGUUUUACAGCUAUUAUUAUCUUAGAUUAUAUAUAAUCACUUACAAAAACUUCAAAACUCCCGUCUUGCUAGCAUGUCUUAGUACAUUACUACGCGAAGCCGUUGAUAGCUACACACGCAAAGAGCAAACAAAAUGUCUGAUAUAGUACGGAUCAAUCACAUUGUUAGUUGGCGCCGUGGAGUGCGCUUUUUAAGUUUUUACUCUAGUUACUAAAUAUAAGAUGAAUUGUGAUUUGAGGCCUCAGCAAAUAGCAAAGGCUGUAGAUAUGGGCUUUUUUAACUGACACAGACGGCCGUUCUUGGAUGGGCCAACCUUACAUGGUUACUAGGGUUCACACUCGUAUUGGUCCUCGGUCGAAUUUCCUAAAAUAGGAAAAAAGCUCAGAUCUCCACUUCAGUUUCCAAUCACCAGCGCAGCGGUGGUCAGAAAGAAAGGAAGAACGGCGCCGCCGUCCGCCAGCGACCGCAGACCUCCCCAUCCCCGGUAGCAACCAAAGAUUUGAGUGGAGGGAGGAAAGAGGGUGCUGCGACAGGGGGAGGUAGAUAGUUGAUGGAUCCAUCUGAGAUUCCCCACCGGGUCAAUCUUUUUCCCAACUCACCGUGUGUGGAUGAAGAGACGCUGCAGCAAUCUGCAAGGCCAUUCGACCCCGUGUCCAAGGUGCUCGGCGACGAUGACCUCCUCAUGGAGAUCCUCCUCCUAAUCGGCUGCCCCACCACCCUCGUAUGUGCUGCUCUCGUCUGCAAGCAGUGGUUCUGUCAUGCCUCCGACCCCGCCUUCCUCUGCCGCUUCAGCAAGCUCCACCCGCCCUGCCUACUCGGUUUCUAUGUCAACACCAGGAUUGACCUCUCACGCUUUGUGCCGAUGCUACCACAACCAGCAGAGUUUGAUGCUGUCAUCAGGCGUGCAAGCUCCAGCCUGGACAAAUAUAAACUCAUCUUGGAUGACUGGAAUGACAUCGUUUUCACCAACAAGUUCAAGAACCAUGAGGAAGAACCUGAAUCAAUACAUAUAGUGCUCAACCUGCUCUGCCCUGAGAGAGGCAUGGUCAGUGUCCCACCAUUCCCAAUCCAUGAAUGCCAGGAUGGCUAUUUCCACACUUUUAGUAGACUCCUCUUCAAAGAAGAAGGCGACGGCUUUUCCUAUGUCUAUUUGGACAUGGAAUCAGAUGGAACAAAAUCUACAAUGCACGUCUAUAUGUUGCAAGAUGGUGUCUGGUGCGUGCAUGCCUCAGCAACGACACAGCUCCCUUGUCUGCCACUGAAACUCAAUCCUCUGAUUGUUGACAAUAAAAUCUAUAUGGCGGCCACCCUGAGUGAAAUUCUUGUCUUGGAUUUCACAGCCUUAAGUUUCUCCACAUUUCAGCUCCCACAAGGGCUUGUUAUUGGUGACCAUGGAACCAUGUUGUCACGGGCAGAUGAUGAUUCUGGUGUGUAUCUCAUUCAUUUGAAGGAGCCUCAGCUUUGCAUCUGGCUACGCACAAGGGACAACUGGUUGCUGGUGGAUACCAUCUGCUUGCAUGAGAUGUAUGCUAAAUUGGGGAUGUCUGAUGUCAGAGGUUGCGUGUGGAUAAAUCAGGUGGGGGGCAAUGCUGAGUUUGUUUUCUUGCAGAUGGGUCGAUGCCUAGUCUAUGUGGGUAUCAAGUGCAGGAAGUUGUGUAAAGUGUAUGAGCUGACAAGUGAGGAUCAGUGGUUUGGUCCUAUCCAGCCAUGUAUGACGAUCUGGCCUCCCACAUUCCCUGCGCUCAAGGAUGAUCCUGCAAGCGAUGCCACGUGAUGACGAGGAAGGCCUUGGAUCAAAGAAGAGGGAGCUGCAGCUGGGUGGUGCGUAGCCGGGGGCUGUGUUCCUCCUUUUCAAAAAAAAACUGGAUGUAAUGGAUUCGGUGACAAGUUAUUCUGGGUAAUGGAUUGCGGUGCUGAAUAAAACUGGAUCGGGUGCUCCUAUUUAUUGUUUUGAACAGACAUGUAUGUUUGUUUUGAACAAGCUAUGUUUGUUUUUAACUUUCUAGUGUAUUGUCCAUUUGUGAAA